UUGACGUUUGACAUUUUUGUUUGUGCAUUUUUGUGUCGAAGAAAUGGCAAAUCGAUUUUAAAGUUAUAAAACACAUGGUUUUAUAAUUAAACAUAAGUCUAGUAUUUUAGUACAUUAAAAGAGAAAUUGAAUUACUUGUAUUUGUGGUGUAAGUUUUCCUAAAUUAUUAUUAUACACCGGUAGUUAAAAAUAUGGAGUUUUUCGAAAAAGCUCACCUACCGUUAAGUGAUGAUUCCAAAAAAGACAAGAAACCAGACGAAAAAAUAAAGAAACAGCUAAAGCAAAUGUUACAUGGAUACAAAAAAAGUGACAAUGAACUUAUUAGAAAGUGUGAAAAUGUAGUGGAUUCGGACUCCACUUCAGUCAGCGGGUUUUCUGACUUAAAUCUAUCAAAUGCUAAUUCAGAUAAUGAGACUACAAGGGCUACAUUAGACAGUAGUGAUUUAGAUUCUUUAUCGAAUUUAGUUGACAGUAAUGAGGCUUCAUUAAUUGAAGAUGCAGAUUCACCAAAUAAAGAUGUCAGUGAAGAUGUUUCGUCUAAUUCUAAAAGUGACAAAGAAUCUUCAUCUGAUAUAUUAGAAGAAAAUGACACGGUUCUUACUUUCGAUUCUUCUAACAUUAGUACUACUGAGACAAAAUCUGAUACUGGUAGUUCAACUCUGUUUGAUCCUGAUGGUGAAUUGGCUCAAGAAAUUCACAAUAAAUUGAAUUCAGUCAAAGUUCCUCAUGAAAAAUUAAAAAGAAAAAUGCACAAUGAUAUAGAAAACUCAAUAAACUCUUCAAGCGAAUCAGAAGAAAUAGAACCUAAAAUUUCAAAGAAAGAUAACAAUGAUUUAUUUACAUGUGAUAAUAUGCAGUAUUCAGAUUACAUUGACAUACAUAACAAUGGUGACAAAAACAGAAUAGAAUAUACUGUAAAUCCAAUCUCAACAUUUGUAUCUGUAACAUCAAAAAAUGCUAAAACCGAGAGAUUUGAUGAUGUUAUGGGGCAUUAUAGAAAUGCUACAGUUAAAAACAUUAGUAGUGAACAUCAUGAUGUAUCAUUUUCUCCUUUAAAUUAUACGGAGGAAGAUGAUCGUGAUUCACAAGUUGAUAGUUCUAUUUCUGAUUUGGGAGUUGAAGAAAAUGUUAGUGAUAGUAACUUGCCAGAAAAGACAGAAAAGUCAGAAGUACAAAAUGAUAGUGGGAGUGAUAACAGUACAGUCUCAACAUCAACAGAUCAUAUUUCCUUUAACGAGUAUAGUACCAUUAACUCAAAUGAGAAUUUUAAAAUAUUUGAUGGUGAUGAUUGUCUUAUUGUUAUUAUGAAACAUCCUUCAGAACUGUUUAUUCAUGGAAAAGUGAUUGUACGCAAAUUGGGAGGAUGCGCUCAAUUGUAUGGAUUCAAUUUAGGAAACAGACCAUAUAAUGUGUAUGCUCCUAUAUACAAUUUUGCUCACUGUAUAAGAACUCUGCAGGGUACAAACUUUCAUGUUGGAUUGUAUGACAAUUUAACUUCAAAAGGAGUUUGCACCCAUGAAGCUAAAAAUAUUGUUGAGAAAAUCAGCUCAUAUGAUGUUGUUUUAGCAUUAACAAAACUGCACAGUACAAAAAUGGAAUUUCUAGAAAGUAACUUCAACUCUAUAAACUUUUUUGAUAAAAACCCUGGUAAUGUUCCGUUGAACUUAAAUAGAGCAUACAGGAGGGUGUCCUGUUGUUUGUAUUCAGAACAGCCAUAUAAACAUUUUAAAGAAAAUCCAAAUUGGCAAGAAGCAGCUAGAUUUGGUAUAACUUCGGGAGACACCAGUAUUGGUAUGGUUUGUGGAGGCAAAGGAAGUGGCAAGUCCACAUUCAUUCGCUACUAUGUAAACCGGCAGGUGUCCUGUAAUGCUGGACCUGUACUCCUUGUAGACUUGGACCCAGGACAAUGUGAAUUCACUAUAGCAGGAAGUAUUUCGGCAACAUGUGUCUCGGAGCCAUUACUAGGACCUAACUUCACACAUCUAACAAAGCCUGACAUAAUGCUGAACAUUGGCAUGAUAAGUGUGAUGGACAAUCCAAAUCGGUAUCUUAACGCUGUUGACCAACUGAUUACUAAAUGCAAAGAAAACGACCUGAUGAGCAGUAUACCUUGGAUUGUGAACACAAUGGGCAUGUGCAAUGCAAUGGGUUUGAAAUUUAUCUCCUACAUUAUACUACGCGUCCAGCCAACAUACCUUCUGCAAAUAGACUUACCGAAUAUAAAGAAAAACUUUCCUCACCAUUUGACGUCGCAAAAGGUCGAAGAAUUAUAUUACCUGUAUAAACAUGACAGGUUCUUUGCUAACCUCUCACGACAGGAUCCAUUGUCAUAUGCAUACUUAGUGACCGGAGCUGAGACAUUCCACAGUAAGGAUAACUCUGACAACGCGUCUCUGGCUCCAAGAGACCAGAGAUAUCUCAAUGUUUUAGCAUAUUUUGGAGAACUUGCCCGUUUACACAACACCAAAACAUCGCUGCUGGGUAUCACACCAUAUUCAAUUAGAUUACAAGAUCUUUACGUCGCGACUAAUAUUAAAAUUCAUAGAGAGUCAAUAACCAAGGUAUUGAACGGAAAAGUGGUGGCGCUCUGCAAACAUACUGAUAAGACUGGGAAGGUGUUUACAUUGACAGAUAAACCUUUGAUCUGUUAUGGACAUGGUCUCAUCCGCGGUAUUGAAAAGGAUAUUUUGUAUGUUAUCACUCCAUUAUCACAUGACGAUCUUACUUCAGUCAACACUGUUCUCUACGCGGAUUGGAUGCCGGAACUGCGAGGACAGGAGAAAUAUCUGCCAGAAGGCACGGCGGUGCCUUACAGAAUGCUCAGCCAGUACCAACAGAGAGAACUCCUUUCAGCACCACGAAGAAGAUUCAACCCAAUACAAUUAUUAAAAAUGUCUAAAAACUCUUAAAAAUUAAAGUUCAACUAGAAAUGUUUAUGAUUUAUUUUUGUUCUGGCAAUUCUGUACAUGUGAUGAUUUUUGUAUGAGUGUUGGAAAUAUAAGUUAAGAUAAAUGUU